AUGCCACCCCAUACCCGUGCCGACGACAAGGCCUCGCGCAGCGGCCAUGUAUGCGCCCAUUCGCCUGUCCGCAAGCGAGGACUGUCCAACGCUGGUGACCAGGCAAGCAAGCGCCAGAAGAAACAUCAGGAGGAACCCGACGACACGCCCGCACAGCCUGAAGCAAUGCAGGAGGUGGCGAGAGGAACGAAAACAGGGAAGAAGAGAGGGGGGAAGACAAAGAAGGGGAAGAAAACGAGGAAAAUGAGCACCGACAAGGCUGCUGAGGACGCCAGCCAGGCAUCUCCUGCCAAACUCACCCCGGCCGAGCGAAAGCUCGUCACAAGUGGCAUCACCAUUGCCCCCCCAGAACGAAUCCGCGAUCCCAAGGCGUCCCAUAUGCCGCCCCUGCCAACUAUCGCUAGCGCCCGGGUGCAUCGUCACGACAAUGAUGCCCCCAUGAAGGAGCCACAGAUGGACGACGAGGACGACAAUACCACCAGCUCGGAAACGAGCAGCGAGGACGACGGUGGUGCCAACGAGGACAGCAGCAGUGCCAGCCAGGACAACGACAACGACAGCAAUGGGGAUGACAACGAAGACGACGCCAACGAAGACGACAAUGACAAUGAUGGGGACGACAAUGAAGACGACGCCCAUGUCAACGCUGACAGCGGCAACGACCAUGCGGACAGCAAAGCCAGCAACGGAGACAGCGGGGACGACAACGCCAGUGACGAAGAAGACCAAGAUGACAGCAACAACGAAGACAACGCCAAUGCCAAUACCAACACCACAGGCGCCGACACCAGCACCCACGGCUCUAACGCCAACGCCAACGCCUGUGCCAGCACCAACAACGAUGCCAGCACCAACAACGACGUCAAUGCCAACGACGUCAAUGCCAACGCCAGCCACGCCAACGCCAGCACCAACAACGACACCAACACCAACACCAACGCCUACGAUGCCAACACCAACACCAGCCACACCAACGCCAGCCACGCCAAUGCCAGCCAUGCCAACACCAACACCAGCACCAGCACCAUGCACGAAGGUGCCAACGACGACAACACCAACACCAACGAUGCCAACACCAUCCACACCAGUGCUGUGGGCAACGACAAGGGCCCCAGUCCAGCAGCUGCUUCUGAACAUUCCCAAGGCAGUGAAAAGCUCAUCACUGACCUUGAGAUGUUGGGAACAGGCCCAGUUACCUCUCUCCAUGCCCCUGUUGCUGAUCAGGAUGUUGAUAUGGAAUUAGAAGGGAGCCCACCAGCACUUGGGUCUUCACGCACAACAGGGGGUUUUUUACAUGGAAGGGCAUUGGGAAACACCUUAAACCAUGCCGAUUUUCCUAAGGUUCAUUCUGGUGAACGUUUUUUUACAGGCAGUUCUCAAGUGGACUACAAGAUUUUUGCUUAUCUGGUUUACAAAGACCCCGUUGAGCUUAAUGUUAUUCCUGAUCCUUUACUUCCUGCCAACACCAUCUUUCGUAUCUCUACUCUUCCUCCUCUGGAAUCUGGGGUUGUUUUGAAGAAAGUAGCUAAUCAGCUUGAGAGUGUCAAAGCUGCUCAUGUUUUUUUGCAAUCUAACUUGUCUGGUACUUGGCAGUGGAAUCUAAUGGGUCACUAUGACAAUUCUUUGUUGGAUAAUGAAUGCCAUAUUUUAUUUAUUCAUGCUCAGAUUGCUGACAUGGUUGCUGGGCGCAAGUGGCCAGCAGAUGUUGGCAAGUAUCCAAAUAAGACUGAAAUUAUUGGUCUUUUUGUGGCAAAAACUACCUGGCAUAAUUCUUAUGCCAAACUCUUUCCAACUGCUGAGGGCUAUGAAGAUAUGCUGGCUUGGCUGGAGGGUGAUCCCAAUUCUAAAUCAGACCUUGAGCUUUGGGGUGUCACAAAGUUGAAGUACACUCUUGUAGACUUGGAAGAAUGGCCUAAAAAGCAGAAAGGCAAGAAAGUAGUCAAGUCCAUGACGAAAUCUGCUGCCAAGUCUGCAAAGGGUGCAAAGGAGAAGGAGAAAGAAAAGAAGCAAGGAUCAGGCUCAGGCUCAGGUGUUGGGAAGGGAGACCAAAGAGAGUUGAAGCAGAAAGAAGUGGUCACAGAGCAGGUUGAUAAUAAGAAAAAGAGCCACAAGAAGAAAAAAGUUGCUGCUAGUGGUGAUCAUUUAAGCUGGAUGCUUCCAGCUCACUGUCUGACCUUUGCAAUUUUGCACUUGUUUAUGCUUUUAAAAAUGCUUGGUCCUUUGAUGGUUCUGAUGUUUCUGUGCCCUGGAGCCAAUGCUUUAGAUGAACAAGCAUUUCCAGAUAUUUCAUUCAAAGUGUUCAAUGAGUUUAUUGCACACAAUUUUAGCUCAAAAAUUACACUUGCAACUUACAGUUGA